UUUACUGUCUCCUUUGAUCACAUUGUUUUCAUCUCUCCUUCCAUUUGGUAGUGUCGACAGGACAAAAUUAAAAGUGAAAAAUGUGCUUAAAAUUAUUAGUGAUUUUCAUGUUGAGUUGUGAUGUAUUUGUAGAAAGUUUAAAAGCCGGAUCACCCGGAGUUUGUGUAGUUAAAUCAAGUGCGCGCAAGACACGAGCAAAGCCGAUACACGUCGCUAUUAACAAAUGGUGUGGGAAGAAGAAAUGUGUCGUAAGAAGGACUAAGUUAGAGACAUAUCUAGCAUGGAGAACACAAACCGUCUGCUGCAGCGGUUGGCAAUAUAACGAAAACAACUCAUGUGCACCCCUCUGCAGUACCGGCUGCAAUGGAGGCCGCUGCACCGCUCCCGACACCUGUACUUGUGACCCUCCAGCUGUCACCCACCCUGAGCACAAGAACACUUGUAUAACCCCUCAAUUUAACCCUCCCUGUGUUAAUGGCCAGUGUAUCAAUGAUACAUGCGUUUGCCAAGACAACUACGAGAAGUUGAACGGAACACAUUGUUACCACUGUGAGCCAGGGUUCACUUUAGCAGCAAACUUUACAUGUGUGAAGUGCCAGUGUGAUAAUGGUAGCUGUGUUGAUAAUACUUGCGUUUGUGAUACGGGAUUUGUCUUGAAGGACAACCUUUGUGAACCUAUUUGUGAGGGGUGCAAUGGACGAUGUAUACGCCCAAACUUUUGUCAAUGCCAAGACGGGUAUACAUAUGCAAACGGCAAGUGUGAACCAAUUUGUAAUAACUGUAAUGGGACAUGUGUUAGUCCCAAUGUGUGCCAAUGUUUUGAUGGGUAUAUCAAUGUGGGAGGCAAAUGCGCACCUCAGUGUAAUUGCGAGAAGUGUCUAGCACCAAAUGUAUGUAAUUGUUCAGAUGGUUAUAGGAGUGAUAAUGGAACUUGUGUGCCUAUAUGUACCGAGUGCGUCAAUGGAUAUUGUUCAGCCCCCGAUGUAUGUUCGUGUAACGAAGGUUUUAUGAAGAAUAGUGACGGUGUGUGCCAGGCGUGCUCAGAAGUUUGUACUUGCAAUGCUAAUGGGGAGUGCCUUGAGGAAAUAUGUCGAUUGUACGGGCGAAGACGUAAACCUGUUUGUUGUGUCGGAUACACAUAUGAUAGUAGCAGUAAUUCCUGCCGUGCAAAAUGCAAAGACGGCUGUAUCAAUGGUACGUGCGUCACAAUAAACAACUGCGUCUGCACACCACCAUUAGUCCUUCUCAAUGGGAAUAAAUGUGUUAGCCCCAUUUGCGACCAACCCUGUACCCACGGACAAUGUACUUCAAGAAAUGUCUGUACUUGCGAGACAGGAUAUGCACACGUCGAUCAGUUUACAUGCAAACCAGUUUGUGACCCAACCUGUGAAAAUGGAAAAUGUGAAGCCCCAAAUAUAUGCACUUGUACCGACGGCUAUACAUUAGUCAACAAAACUUGCCAACCUGUAUGUAACGAAUGUAAUAACGGCGAAUGUAUCGCUCCAAACGAUUGUAAAUGUAAUACAGGAUAUACGAAACAGGAUAGUAUCUGCCUGCCUGAUUGCCAACGUCCUUGCGUUAAUGGAAUUUGUUCUGGACCUGAUAAGUGUUCAUGUGAUGUCGGCUUUGCUAUCAACCCUUUGGAUAGAUUUAAUUGCCAACCGGUCUGCGAAACACCAUGCGUUAACGCUACGUGCGUUUCUCCCGGCACGUGUUCUUGUUUCUCUGGAUAUUUGCCGCUUAAUGAUACAAUCUGUACACCAAAAUGUGACGACUGUAUACACGGAGAUUGCAUAGCUCCAAACGAAUGUAGAUGUCAUAAAGGCUAUGUUUCAGAAAGUGGUAAAUGUGUGCCGAAAUGUGACGGUUGUAGUAAUGGCAUAUGUACAGCUCCAAACACCUGUGAUUGCGAUAAUAGUUAUAACCUUUCCAAUGGCACCUGCAAGCCAGUUUGCAAUCCUGAAUGUGUUAAUGCAAUGUGUGUUGGACCAAAUCAAUGCAGAUGUUUUGAAGGAUUCCAAAGUAUCAAUAGCUCAACUUGUAAAAGACACUGUGAUAACUGUAAAAAUGGAAAAUGCUUGGAAGGCAAUUACUGCUUUUGCAACGAGGGGUACAGUUUGGUGAAAGGGGUUUGCACUCCAAGCUGUUCUUUGCCUUGCGUGAACGCAAGAUGUGCGGCACCGAAUACUUGCGAAUGUCUGGAAGGCUAUAAACGAAAUGAGACAUCACCUAAUAGCUGUUUCAAAGCCUGCAUCUGUGAAAACGGGAGAUGUAUCGAAGAUGAAUGUAUUUGUGAUGCUGAUUACGAGAUGUUGGGUGGCAAUUGCACUGAGAUUAGACCAGUGGAAUGUAAAACUUGUGAGGGAGAGUGUACGGAUGGCAUAUGUUGGUGCAAGAAUGGCAAGCCAUGUUACCGUUUAGAAGAGCCAGCUGAAGUUGGAGCGCCUACAAAAUUGGCAGGUCUGGAGCUGGGCUGGCUCCUUGGUGGAGUUGUGGGGUUGGCAUUACUGACUUUGGUGAUAAUAGUGAUGGGUCACAUUUGGCGGAAGCGACGAGAAUACGGCGCGAAGGAAACUGAAACAGGUGGCAACGAAAUCGGCAGCGUUGUAUACACAGUACCUGAUACGCUGUUAACUAGAAGACCAGGAAGUAUCGUGAACGUCUACGGCGAAAACGAAGAUGAAAACGAAAGUGUGAACGAACCUCUACGACCGAUGGACGACGCCUUAUAGUACUAGUAUUAGGGUUUAUUAGAAAUAGUAUUCAUUUUAUUCUUAAUUAUGAAAGUGCUGCAUUUUUUAAUUAUGGAAUAAUUGUUGAACGUCUUGCAUAAGGCAGAGUCGCUUAUAAAGAGUUAACGAAUAAUUAAGUUAUUUAUAUUAAGAAGUUCAAUAUUAUCAAAGUUUUCUACUGUAAUAUGCUCUCUUAAACCUAUCAUGGUCGUUAAAUUGAAGCGAUCUUUUUUGGCUAAACGUCAAAUUAAAAGGCUUUUUAUGGAUCAGACGAUCAGUGUGUGCAAUCGGAUAGCUACAGCCUAUUUUAGAAAUCUGUAGGCCGUAGUCAAAAAUCCAAACAUAUUACCCAAAUAAUUGGUUAGAUUAUAUAAAAUAAUAACCAACGUCGUUAAAUGUUGCGCCCCUUAUACUUGCGCCUCAUAUAUGGCGGGUGUAUUACUUCUUUAGAGAGAAUUGGUAAACACCAUAGAGUAGAAGAUAAGUUUAUUAUAAUUAUUGAUGGGACGUAAGUGAUCUUUACUAAAGUAUGUGUCCCUUAAUAGAACAUACAUUUCUGUUUUUUUUGAUAAUUUUUGUUAUAAUAAGCAAGUAGGCAUUUUGUUACAACAAUUCUUUUGGAUUGAAUCAAAUCCAAAAGAGUUGCUUUUCGCCGGAAAGCCAACUUCCGGACAAUUCAGACCGUGCCUUGCGUUCGUAAUUAUAAAAUAAUUCUAUAUAAAAUAUUGCUCUAAUGAUAUUUUUCUACUUUGUAUGUACUUUUUUCUAUCGAACCAUAUUACAACGCUUUCUAAAGGUGUUUUUGAUAUAUAAAUAUGUAAGUUAGUGACUCGUAGCUGUGCACAAAUCUUGAUUUAUACUAAAACAAUAGACGUUAAAUAAUACUUUUUUUAAUUACAGCGUCUAAGAAUUACAACUAAUUUCUUGGGCUCUAUAAUUUAUGCCCAGUUCAUCAUGUUUAAUUAUACUUAGGUAUAUCCGUACUUCCUUCGUGGCGUGUUGGAGCGCUUAGUCUAUUCAGUGUGAUCAGAGAAUCUUCGUUUUGAGCAUACUUACCAUCUCAUAAGCAGUAUAUUCACAUAAAAAAAGUACAAAUCUCAAGUACAAACUAAACGUUACUACAGGAGAUUUUUGAGUCCUCAUUUCUAUCUGUUUUCUUCUCAACUCAUCCUUUUUGAAUUAAGUGUCAUAUUUCAUAACGAUAGUUUUAAUAUUAUUUAUUAUGUGUUAAUAAUAAGAUUAAGGAAUGCUAUUUAAUAGCCAGUGUACAUAAAAUAAGAAAGAAGAUAAUUUUUAAAAUUUGUUAAUUUUAUUUUCACGUCUUAAGAUGUUUGUGCGCACCAAUACGUGCAUAUUAUAUCUUAUUUCGGCCAUACAAUGGCGAUAAGAACUUGGAGAAACUGAUCGUGGUUGGCAACAGGCAAAAGAUAACGUGGCCUUUCACCAACCAGAUAGACUGAUCAAGUGAAAGUAUCAUCAACACUAUGCACUGUUAUAAGACAUGCGCUGGACAGAAACCGGUGGAAACAGAUUGUCCGCUGUAGAUGUUUCCUUCCUCACCACGUUGCUCAGACAUGAGCUACCGACUGCAGAGAAAUGUGUGUCAUCAUUCAUUAUUAAUCUUUCAGAAAGAGAUAAACUGCCAGUAGAAAGGUGUCUUUGAUUUUCAAUAACAGAUUACUUUCAAUACGACAUAUUUUUAUUUUUUUAAUCAAAUUGUACUUUCUUUGAAUAAACUGAAAAGCUACUGCA